GCGGCGCAAGCGGAGCCGGCGCGGCGCGUGGCGGCAACGGUCGGCGGGCGCGCGCGCCCCGGCGCAUGGAGGCGAUGCCCUGCCAGAACCAGCGGCUCGGCCCGCGGCCGCAGGACGAGCAGCCGCCGGCGGCGACGACAGCGACAGCGGGCGGCGGCUCCCGGUUGAUCCGCUUCGCGGAGCCCGGUGAGGACAGCGGCUGCCCUAGCCCGGACAGCAGCAGCAGCAGCAACGGGCUUUCAGCGGCGGCGGCGGGGCCGACGAUCCCCGCGGGGGAGGGCGGCGCGCCGCCGAUCGGGCCGCAGCUGAAGCUGCUGCCCAUGAACGACCAGCUCCGGGAGCUCCAGACGAUCAUCAGGGACAAGAAAUCCAGUAGAGGAGACUUCGUAUUUUCUGCUGAUCGUCUGAUCAGACUUGUGGUUGAAGAGGGACUGAAUCAACUGCCAUACACAGAAUGUACCGUCACCACUCCAACAGGGCACAAGUAUGAAGGAGUGAGAUUUGAAAAGGGAAACUGCGGAGUCAGCAUAAUGAGAAGCGGCGAGGCAAUGGAACAAGGUUUACGAGACUGCUGUAGAUCAAUCCGCAUAGGAAAAAUCCUGAUACAGAGCGACGAGGAGACUCAAAGAGCGAAAGUGUACUAUGCUAAGUUUCCACCAGACAUUUACAGGAGAAAAGUUCUUCUUAUGUACCCAAUACUAAGUACUGGUAAUACUGUCAUUGAGGCUGUCAAAGUUCUUGUAGAACAUGGCGUACAACCAAGUGUCAUUAUCCUGCUAAGCCUAUUCUCCACACCGCACGGUGCCAAAUCGAUCAUCCAGGAAUUCCCAGAGAUCACCAUUUUAACUACAGAAGUUCAUCCUGUUGCACCAACACACUUUGGACAGAAGUAUUUUGGAACAGACUGACACACUUGGAACAAACGGAUAUGACUAUAUGAGGUUUUUUUUCUACAUUUUAUUAUUGUUGAGUUGGUUGAGGGCAUGUUUAAAAAUCUUUUUGGCCAAAGGGGGAAAUACUUGACUUAGAUUAGAUCUGGUCAGUUACUGCCUGAACACCGAAUCGGGUACAGUAACAAAGCAGUCUGUCGUUACAAAGUCAAGCAUCUCAACGUUGGGGUUGUAUAAACUGCUACACUCUCUGCUUAAGUUAACUUAUUUAUUCUUCUAUAGACUGUCUUGUGGCUGCUUGCAAGAGCGAAAUAAAACAACUAAAUCACA